AUCACUCAUAAUCAUUAACAACAAAUAGAAGUGUACAACUUCAUUAAAAAAAAAAAAAUGGCUUCUCGUAGCGUUCUCUUUAUUUAUGUGUUAGUCAUGUUUUCUCUAGCAGGCAUGGCAUUUUCGGAGUUGUCCGAUGAUUUCUACCACCAUAUUUGUCCCAAAGCUUUACCAACCAUUAAACGGGUUGUUGAGGAUGCAGUCAGAAAAGAGAGACGAAUGGGUGCUUCUUUGCUACGUUUACAUUUUCAUGAUUGUUUCGUUAAUGGUUGUGAUGCUUCGAUUCUUCUUGAUCAAACUUCUACUAUUAAUAGUGAAAAGACUUCUCGUGCUAAUAACAAUUCAGCUAGAGGAUUUGAGGUGAUUGAUAAAAUUAAAUCAGAGGUUGAUAAAGUUUGUGGACGCCAAGUUGUGUCUUGUGCUGACAUCUUAGCUGUUGCAGCUCGUGACUCUGUAGUUGCUCUACAUGGACCAAGUUGGAAAGUGAAACUCGGAAGAAGAGACUCGACUACAGCAAGUAGAACCGCGGCCAACGACAAUAUUCCAACUCCGUUUAUGGACUUACCUGCACUUAUCAAAAACUUCAAG